GGAGAGCAGGUUAUUUCACUCUUUUGCAAUUGGAAGAAAAAGAUUUGUAAUUGUUUGUGAAAAAUCAUAGAGCAAAAGAUACUAACAGCUGCAUCAAAAUCAUAAAAAUAUUCGAAUAGCCAAGUGGCAUCCAUCGAGAAAAAACAAAAAAACAAAAAAAGUCGUCUUUUUUAAUUGGAGACUUUAGAGAUCUUUUCGGCGAAAUCCUCUCCAGCAACUUAUUUAAGGAAAAAAAAUGAAAGGAAGAGUUGUGUAUGGAUAAAUGGAAGGAGAGGAUUCUUUUCAUUCAAAUACUGAUGCAAUUAUCUACCCAACUUCUGAUGUUUCGCAAAGCUUGUUGUCAGAUCCCAACAUUGCCUCGUCGCCUUCGACGAGUGCAGAUGACCAGCAGCAGCAGCCGCACCAGUGGACGGCUGCUGCUGUAGAUUGUACUGAUGAUUUGAGUGUGUCUGUAUCAAGUGCAUCUUCAAGGAUUAGUUGUAAACAAAUUGAGGAACAAGUACAAUUACCCAACGAACUGGUCCUCACUUCUUCAAGAACUCGCAUUAAGGUGCAUAUGCAAGGGGUUGCUGUUGGACGGUCGGUUGACUUGCGUGUAUUAAGUGGUUAUGAUGAACUUAUGAAUGUGGUUGAUGAGAUAUUCGAUAUGAAGGGAGAGCUUAGUCCUCGAAUCAAAUGGCAACUUGUGUACAAGGAUGAUGAGGGUGACAUGAUGCUUGUGGGGGAUUAUCCAUGGCCGGAGUUUUGUGAGAUGGUCAGGAAGUUAUAUAUAUAUCCUAGUGAGGAAGUCAAGAAGAAAUAUUCUUAAUGCAAGUAAUAACUUUCGUGAUUGAAAAAUAUAUAGUACUAAUAAAUUGUACAGUAUUAAAUUCCAAAGUACUAUGCAUUCUCCGCUUUACAGAGAAAGGAAGGGGUGACUAUCAUACGGAAAUGAAACUUGAUCACUUUAA